AUGAUUACGAUCAUUUGUAAUUAUGUCUUCACGGGGCUUCUUGCCACCUGUGACAAAGACAACCGCACUCAGCAUCCAACACUCAUGCCUGCCACCAUAGUAGCUCGCUCUGAUCUUAAGCAUGAUUGCAGUUCUUUCAAUCCAAAUUUCCCUAGCCAUUACAAGCGCUAUGAAACUAGAAGUUUCACUAAUGCACAGGUGACACGCAGUACCGGCAAUGCUGCCAGCAGCCUGAGAACCCCCAGCGAAAAUCAAUACAAGCCAAAGCACCUGAAACAUGGGCCAGUUUCCCCAGGAUUGCUGCUGGGAAACAGAACUACAGAACCCCGGUCCAUCAAAACAUGCCUGCCUGUGGAGCAGGAGAUACAAGAUAACAAAUCAGUUGAUUGUGAAGAGGGUACAAACAAUGUUGCCACUACCGCAAUGUUGUAUGAUCAUGAUAUCCAGAAGUCCUACCACUCUGAACGCUUUACUCCAAAUGUACAAAAUGUUUUGAAGUAUUUAACUGGACUGGCUCCGGUAAAUACCUACAUGGAAUUCCAUGGUGUGAACCUGCGAGAAUUCAAAAUAAUAGAACACGAGGUGGAAGAAACGGGCUGCAUAUCGACAAAGCCCAGGUCGAGUUUAUCAAACUAUUUCUGUUUUGGUAAUGCUAAACUGAGCGCUUCAAGGCUCGCUUAUGACUAUAACAAACAUCUUCUUACCAUCAAUAUGCCUACAGUCCUGCAUGAAGCUUUUCACGAUGAUCUGAAGGAUUCGUUCACAUCCGCUAUCAAGGAUCUUCCUUACAAUCGCAAGAUCAUUUGUCCUCAAAGCAAAUCGGUCACGCCAGAUAUGGUCAUCUCGCUAACCGCCAUGCAGGGGCCCAUGCAAAAACUGCUCAUUCCCUACAUAGGAGAAAUGGCAUUGAUAGAGCAAUGGGAUCAUGUAUUCAAGAAAAUGGAAUCGAUGAUCGUUGCACGCCCAGAGAUCAUCUUGGCUAUGAUUGUAUUGGUACGUGAAGCCAAACGCUACACCUCCCCUCAAGAAGAUUCCAUCGCGACGGAUACGUUACACAACCAUUGCAAUGACGAAGAGAAGCCCAACCCCUUGUCUCUCGAAGAAUUUAUCACUCAACGUUCAACACUACAGAACUUCGAGGAACCCGUACAAGUCAGUGACCACACAUGGUGUCACGUCGAGUCUGUGGAGUAUUUUGUUUGGAUUAAAGGAGAUAAGGAUAGGGCGAUUGACAUGCAUAACGGCAAGCCAGAGGACAGAGCAUACAGUGUCUUAAUGCCCGAGCUGCACAUGGACGACGUCACAAAGAUAUUCGACCGAGGAAUGUCGCAGAUGAGAGACCUCUUCCUCUCAUUCCAGAAAGACCUUGACUUUAAGUCUGCUGUCGAUCAUUCCUCUCUUGCGAAUUUCAUCAUCCCGCUGUUCCCUAUUGACUGGCACCUUGGCUCUCUGGGAGUCCUGACUGCAGCGGACCUCACUGCAUACACACGCUAUGUCAACUGGCAUGAUGUGUGUUUCAGAGGCGCCAAGCGCACGCGUGAUUCGGAUUCGUCUUACAAGCCUUCGGAAUCGGAGCACGAUGGCAGUAGCUCCGAGUCUGGGGAAGCUCAUUCAUCGAAGCCUAGUGCACGCACCCCCAAAGUCCCCCCCCCAUCUUACGUUCAGAACCUUCACAGUUGGUCGUAG